AUGUUGCAAUUUACACACUGCUGCUCUUACACAAGAGCUCUCGUAUACAAUGGAACCAAAUACACACAAACUCGUUCACACACUAGUAUAGCGGGAUCCAGAACGCAGUACAUACCUAUUUACAAGCACAAACUACAUACUAACAAGACCAAUCAUCUCAAAGUCAACAGUAGAGAAGCGCAUCACGAACCUACACACACUCACACACCCGCCAGACCCAGUCCUCUGCCAUCUAAGUAUAGUCAUGACCGAAGUCGACGGAAUCCACAGAAGAACGAAGCAGGCUAUGUGAAAACUAAAAACAGGAUCGGGCAAUUGAAGCAAACCUGGGUCAAAGACUGGGUGGAUCAUAAGCCUGAAAAGUUGGGCGAAAGACCUAUUAAGCCUUCACAGGGUGCGUAUGGCCUUGGGUUUACCAAACUGAGACAUGGCGAAGUUGAGCAUCAUUUCAAAGAAUUGAAACAAAGACCAGGUAGCGGGGUCGGGACAGCAGCGGCCGAUUUAUAUUCGCACAACUUGGGGGAUAACAUAG